AUGGACGUUCCCGGCAUCGCAUUGGUCACAGGCAGUGCCUCUGGUAUUGGCCGUGCCUGUGCACUCGGACUGAUCAGAGAUGGAGUUUCUGGCAUUGCCCUCCUAGACCUGAACCAACAAGCAUUGGAGCAAAUCAAGACCGAAAUCCAAUCAAAGCAACGAGAACUCCGCCACACUCGCCCUGCCCGAGUCGAAAUUUUCCCUACAGACGUCGGAAAUGAAGCACGCGUGAAUGAGGUCGUCGAGAGCGUCGCAAGAACAUUCGGACGUCUCGACUAUGUCGUUAAUGCUGCUGGAGUUGCCAUGAAACACCCCGGAGGCACAGCGUUUGUGGAAACUGCCGACUGGGACCGUAUCCUGAACAUCAACCUGAAUGGCACAUUCUUUAUCCUCCGAGCUGCCGCCAAGAUCAUGCUGAAGCAAGAGCCUAUCCGAUCAAACAUUGAUGGUCGAGCUUUGUCAAGGGGCUCGAUUGUCAACUUUUCCUCUAUUCAGGGUGUGGUUGGAAUCCCUCUAUCAACGGCCUACACAGUUUCGAAGCAUGCCAUUAUUGGUCUCACAAGGACGGCCUCUGAGGACUACGCAAAGGAUGGACUACGGAUCAACGCGGUCUGCCCCGGUUAUACAGAGACACCUCUGACUACGAAGUCUCCUCAGAUCCUCCAGGCGAUGAUGGAGAGAAUUGGGACAGCGGUGCCGAUGGAGCGGAUGGGCCGACCGGAGGAGAUCGCAGAUGGUGUGAUUUACCUGUGUGGUGGAAGGAGCUCCUUUGUAACUGGAACUGCCUUGAUGGUGGACGGUGGAUAUACACAGCGCUGA